CUCAAAUAUCACCACGACAAAUGGCUAAGACUACGUAUGCCGGUAAGAUGGGGUCUACGGACCGCGCCAACACGCGCAAGUUCGAGCGUGCGGGCGAAAAAGGUGCGAACAACCGAACCAACGACAAGAAACUCAAGGCCGGGUUGAAAAAGAUCGACAACCAAUAUAAGCAAGCAUUGAACUCCGCUGCCGGAACCGACUUGUUGUUGCAGGAGAAUGAGGGGCUUCUCGAGGCCGAGGGGAUGGAAAAAACGUACAAGUUUCAGCAGCAGGACAUUGUGGAGGCCGUUGAUAUCGGUACCGCCAACAAGUCCUUCGAAUUGAAGUUGAACGAAUUCGGUCCGUACACUCUCGACUACACUAGAAACGGCAGGGAAUUAUUGAUUGCCGGGAAGAAGGGUCAUGUUGCGUCCAUUGACUGGAGAACCGGAAAGCUCGAUUGCGAGUUGCACCUUGGAGAGACUGUCCACGCGAUCAAGUACUUGCAUAACGACCAGUACUUUGCGGCGGCGCAGAAAAAGUACACGUUUAUCUACGACAAAACCGGCACGGAAUUGCACAGAUUGAAACAGCACAUUGAGGCGACGAUUCUUGAGUUCCUCCCGUACCACUACCUCUUGGCAACGGCUGGUAACACCGGGUAUUUAAAGUACCAUGAUGUUUCUACCGGUGUAUUGGUUGCCGAGUUGAGAACCAAACUCGGACCGACAAUUUCCAUGAAACAAAACCCAUGGAACGCGGUGGUCCAUUUGGGGCACAGUAACGGUACCGUGACCUUGUGGGCCCCCAACAUGUCCACUCCGUUGGCAAAGUUGCAAACCGCCAGAGGCCCUGUCAGGGCCAUGGCUAUUGAUAGAGAGGGCCGCUACAUGGCGACUGCCGGUGCCGACAAGACUAUCAAGCUCUGGGAUAUCAGGACGUUUAAGGAAUUAGACCAGUACUACUCGCCUACGCCAGCUAGUACUUUGGACAUUUCCGACACUGGGCUCCUUUCCGUGGGGUGGGGGCCGCACGUUUCCGUAUGGAAAGACACUUUCAAAACGAAGCAAAACUCGCCAUAUAUGACCCAUCUUUUGCCCGGUUCGCUGGUCACGACCACCAAAUUUGUUCCAUUCGAGGAUAUCUUGGGGAUUGGUCAUGCUGGUGGUAUUUCCUCUAUCAUCGUGCCAGGCUCCGGUGAGGCCAACUUCGACGCCUUGGAGUUGAACCCAUACGAGACCGCCAAGCAGCGCCAACAGGGCGAGGUCCGCUCGUUGUUAAACAAGUUGUCGCCUGAUAUGAUCACUAUAGAUCCGACCGUAAUCGGUACCGUCGAUAAACGCGCCUCUCAGGUCAGAUUAAAGCCGUCUGAGUUGGCGGCCGUGACCAAGGAUAGCGAUGAGGAGGUAAAGAUGGAGAUCCAACCAACUGUCCGGGGAAAGAACUCGUCCUUAAGACGUCACUUGAGAAAGAAGAAGCAGAACGUUGUCGAUGUUAGAAAGAUGAAGAUCGAAACCAACUUGAAGAGAGAGAAGGAGCUUAGAGCCCAGAAACACCGACACACCAAGGGCGAGCCGGAGGAGAAGAACUUCCUCGGUCCAGCAUUGUCUAGAUUCAAGUAGCACCGAUGGUAUGUAAUAUAGGACGAUUCAUCAAUAAAAUACAAAACAGGAAAAUGA